AUGGCUCCGUCAUUUGACAUUACGCCUCGGGGCUUUCUAGACCCGUCACGCCGGCACGACCUCCGCGUCGGCUUCACCACGUCAGCGAAUACUGGACGCGACCCCAUCUUCCCCGCGACCUGCCUCCAAGUAUCAUACAAGUUUGGCAGGUCUCGGGAGAUUUUUGGACAAGUCUUUACGGCGCGGGACGUGGUGAGUGAUGAGUCGGACGGCGGGGUGUAUUACAUUGGCGUCCCGUCCCAGAACGUGCCGGUGGCGAGGGCGGCGAGCGAGGAGCAUCUAGACGUCGAGGUUAGCCUGCAUGCUUGGAAGGACCAGAAGUACUUGAAUAGUUGGAUUAUCGGGGAGAUUCAGCGAUGGGGGACGCUGAGUGAGGAGGUGCGAGCGGGCAGAUGA